AUCCAAUUAUUAUUUUUUCUUUAGGGAUUAAAAGAGAAUCAAUCCGUCUGCGAGUCAACAUCUUUUUUGAGACUGAAUCAGAUGGACUCGCCGGUAGGCCUUGAUCAUCGGUCGCAAGACACCGGCGCGCUCAAUCCUCAUCAAAAAAGCCUUAUCGUAGACUCGGUCGUCGACUUGAAGCAGAUACCUGUUCCAAUCCUACCCCAGUCCGUAACAGACACGCGCACAGAACUCAUCGAGGAGGAAAAUGCUCGAAUUAGUGCAACCUCUGAUGGCUUGAGUCCAUCAGAUACGCACCUGGCCUUGUCACCUACUCCUCUGGUGAAGCAGGGUCGCGAAGCAGACGAGAAAAUUGACCCGCCCGCUUCUGAACAAAAGGUUGAGAUAGUGCCGCUCAAAGAUGAUCCCGAGUCUCUAAUUAUGACCGUCAGGUCGGUCCUAAUUGGUGUCCUGCUAUCCGCCUUUGGAGUCUCAAUUACCCAGCUUUUCUUUUUCAAGCCGGUUCAUAUGCAGAUAAAACUUAUGUUUCUUCAGAUUGCGUCAGUGCUCAUUGGUCGAAGUUGUGCAUUAAUCCCUGGUCCCAGAUGGUGGAACCCAGGUCCCUACAGUUUGAAAGAAGCGGGUUUCUCCGCUCUGAUGGGGACCACGGCAAGUGGUGCCAUGAUGUCAGCCGAGAUGAUUUCGGCGUACGAGUUGUACUUUGACCGGGUUAUCAAUUUCGGCGUUGCCUUUGGGAUUUCAAUGAGUGCUCAGCUCCUUGGGUUCGGGUGGGCAGGCUUGCUACAGCCCAUCAUCAUUUAUCCCUCUCGGACGGUAUUUCCUGAAGUGCUUCCCAGCGUCUCUCUUUUGAAUUCCUUGUUUAAAGUCGGAUCUGAAUCCGAGGACCAGGUGAAAUUCUUCAAGAAGGCUUUCCUAGCAAUUGGGAUUUACGAGAUAUUUCCAACCUACAUAGCGCCGGCCUUUCAAGCCAUCAGUGUCUUCUGUUUGACUCUACCCAAAAACCCACUAGUUACGGCUAUUUUUGGAGGUGCUCGACCACUUGAAGGCAUGGGAAUCUUGAGCAUUUCUGCUGAUUGGUCUUUGGUCGGUGGUCGAGGACCGCUGUACAUGCCUCGUAGCACCCAGGUCUAUGAACUGCUUGCUUUGGUGGUUUCUACGCUGAUCUUCUUUUUGGUUUAUUCAAAAUCCUGGUUUGAUGCGGGCCUGAGUCAAAACUUUCCAUUCAUGUCGACCAGUCUACUUACUGCCGAUGGGAAGCCCUAUCCGUAUCGACAGGCUAUCAAAGAAGAUGGCUCGGCCAAUGAGCAGUUCAUUCAAAGAACUGGACUUCCCUUUUUCACCGCCACCUUCUACAUAGUCCAAGUUCUUGUUUCGGUUUUCUUAACUAGUUCCAUCACCCAUGCUGUGUUGCAUAAUUAUCAUAUAGUCGGCUCAUUUUUUAAGAAGUCAAAGGCUUUGGAAGGAAUUGACCCACAUCGAUUGGCUUGUAUGAAAUAUAAGGAUUUCCCGAUAUGGGGAUUUGUUUCAAUAUCUGUUGUAGCCGUGGCCUUGGCCCUUGGAAUGGCAUCACUCGAUAAAUCUGGCAUUUCUUUCGUUGGCUUGCUCGUUGCUCUGGUGUUAUCUUUCUUGAUGACACUGGCAGCGGGAUUUAUAAAUGCAAUGGCCGGUUUCAGGAUACGGUUUUCUGGCGGCAUCCAAAUGUUGGGCGGCCUUCUGUUCCCGGGCAACGUGUUUGGGAGCAUGUGGUUUACGCUGUAUGGGGCAUCAAGUGCUACCCAAGGUAUCAGCAUACUGAGAGAUUCAAAAUACGGACAGUAUAUACAUUUGCCACAAAAUCUCGUCGUUUACUCUCAAUUGAUGGGCUGCACGGUUGGAAGCCUGGCUUCCCUGGUAGUCGUGAAAUCCAUCCUCAAGAACGAGCGCGAGGUCUUGCUUUCUCCCUCCGGGGACGGCGUCUUCUCAGGUGCUGAAAUCGCUGCCUUCCAGGCGCGCUCUGUCAGCUGGGGCAUUUUCUCCAGGCGCAUGUUUCUUUUUGGUCAAAAAUACUCGGCGGUUAGCUGGGGAGUUUUGGCUGGACUGUUCCUCCCCGUCCCAUUCUUCGUUGCCCACAGAUAUUGGCCACGAUACAAAUUCGAUCUGGUCAACGUACCUCUCUUUUGUGGAAUCGUCCAGAGCUUGUACGCAUCGGCCUACGCAGGAGAACCGAUGCGUAUUAUCAUAGGGCUAAUGUCUCAGUUUUGGGCGCGCAAGUAUCGACCUCGAUGGUUCACCAAGUACAACUACAUUUUAUCUGCUGCUCUCGACGGCGGAACAGAGCUGGUGGUGUUCUUCUUGGCCAUGAUCUUCCAAGGUGGCGGUGGUAAAAAGAUUAAUUUCCCGACCUAUUUUCUCAACCCUGCCCCAUCAACUCCGAGGGAUUAUUGCUUUAUGAAUCGUGAGGCUCGUGGAUCUGGGAGCGAUUCAUAG